AUGGAUUUGUCCGCGGCACCAUCGGAGCCAAGGGCCAGGAGCAGAAGCUCAUCACCACUAAGGGCUGGCUCACCACCUACAAGCGAGCCAUCCUUGCCUUUACCCCAAGCAUACACUUUGAUGAGUUCCUUCAACUCGUUCUUGACGGUCGCAAUCCACAACAUUCUCUACUAUCGGGGCAUCUACCCGCAGCGAACCUUCAUGUCAGUCCGCGCCUUCAACCUCCCCGUGCAUCAGAACCGCCACCCUGCCGUGUGCAGCUGGGUCCACGAUGCGGUCGACGCCGCGAUAGCCCAGAUUGCUGAUGGCGCCGCCCAGCGGAUCGGCGUCGUGAUUCACGCCCCUGCCGUCAAGCCUCUCCCCGCCAACAACGUGCCGGAUAAGGCUGCCGCCAUCGCCGCUCCCACCACGCCGGGCCAGAAACCUGGUCCAAAACCUCCCCCUGGAACCAUGGGUCCCCCUCCACUCCCUGCAAAGAGAGCGAUUGCCAUAUCAACUGGCAAGGUCUCACGGCCGGCCACUCAGCCCUCGCCUGCCACGACCAGGACAGUCCAGACCACCAUAGCAGCAACCAGCCCUGCCACCACCAAGACGACACCCGGUGUGGACACAGACUCGCCGAGGCCUGCCAUGCCUCCUCCGCCAAAGCCCGGUGCCGUGCUCGAACGAUGGAUGUUUGACGUUUCCGAGUUUCCCGCCUGGCCCGGCGGGGCCGAGGCUCUGGCAAACUUUGGCGUCGACGAUCCCAAGAAGAAGCCCAACAAGAAAAAGGGCGAUGGGAAUGAAGGCGAUGGGGAUGCCGGCCGAAAUGCCGAGGGAGCCGAUGGUCGCGAUGGCGAAGAGGACGACGAAGAUGAUGACUCCGAGUCCGGGGAGGAGGCAGCUGAAUUCACCGACAGUGACGAUGAGCAAGAAAACGACCAAGAGGGUGACGAAGAGCAGCGGCUGGCUUUUGAUAGAGAACCGAAGCUGGCAAGUGUGCCGCCGGAAGACGAGAUCAACUGGGUUGAUGUCAACGAACACCUUCGUGGGGCCGUCAAGCGCCUAGCAAAUGCGGGCGAACAGCUCGCACGUCUACCCGAAGGCUGUACUUUCACCAUUGCCGUUGAGUUGCGAGAUAAUGCCCGCCCACCACUCAAGGUUCGUCAUCACAACUCACCACAAAACCUGGCCUUGUAUGCUAACCUCAAACCUCCAGCACCCCCAAGCCUGGAUCCCAACGCAGUCAAACUCGCAGCCGCCAUCAAGGAAAAGGCUGAAGCAUGGCCAAGAGGUUGGUGCUGCCAGAACAACGGCUGUUCGCUCCGUUGA